UUUCCGCCACCGUCGUCGUCUCUCUGCCCUCUCUGCGAUCGAAACCCUAGCAAUCCAAUCUCUACUUUGGGAUCGGGAUUCCUUCUUUUUAUGGCGUAAAGCUAUACGAAUUUCAACGAUUUAGGGUUUCUGAGGAAAGAAUUGAAGGGACAGAGCACUGAAGAGGAGAAACGAUGUCAACGGACACCACCGGGAAUUCGGACCUGCAGCCAUCGUCUUCGUUGUCUCGGCAUUCUUCUUCCGACGCAAUCGAUUCGACGCCCUUGCUUCUGAACGGCGGAAGCAAUGACGGAAGCGUCGGCGGAGGUGGCGGGAAUGGUCAAACGAGCGGCGGAGGCAGACGAUCCGUGCGGAGACAGAGCCUGAGGGAGGCGGCGAGGUUUCUCCGGCGAGCGAGUAGCGGACGGAUGAUGAGACAGCCGUCGAUGUUGGUCAGAGAGACGGCGGCGGAGCAGCUCGAGGUGAGACAGAGCGAUUGGGCGUACUCGAAGCCUGUGGUUGUGCUCGACAUCGUCUGGAAUUUGGCGUUCGUUGCCGUAGCCACGGCUGUUAUUGUGCUGAGCCGUGAUGAGAAGCCAAACAUGCCGCUUAGGGUAUGGAUCGUUGGGUAUGCUUUGCAAUGCGUUCUUCAUAUGGUUUGCGUGUGCGUGGAGUAUCGGAGGAGAAGGGUUAGGAGCCCGCGAUCCCGGUCUUCUUCGUCCUCCUCUUCAUCUUCUUCCAUGGAGGAAGAGGGUUUGAGUUCAAGAAGGAAUUCAGAGGAACGGUACUCGACAUUGGGACAGUACGAGCAAGAAUACAACAGAAGGAUUUUGCGUUUUCUUAUUUUCACUUACUAUUUCCAAAGCAGUGCUGCAAAGCAUCUAGAAUCCGCCAACACAAUGUUUUCGUUCAUAUGGUGGAUCAUCGGAUUUUACUGGGUAUCUGCCGGUGGUCAAGAUUUGGCACGGGGAUCUCCACAGCUUUACUGGUUGUGCAUAGUCUUCCUCGGGUUUGAUGUUUUCUUUGCCGUCUUCUGCGUCGCUCUGGCUUUCGUGAUUGGCAUUGCUGUUUGCUGCUGUCUACCAUGCAUCAUAGCUGUUCUAUAUGCUGUAGCUGAUCAGCAGGAAGGAGCAUCUAAAGAAGACAUUGAACAGCUCACCAAAUUCAAAUUCAGGCGGGCUGGUGAUGAUGUCCAAGGAAAUGUCGGAGGAAUUAUGAUUGAAUGUGGCACAGAUUCGCCCAUCGAGCAUACCCUUCUCCAGGAGGACGCAGAAUGUUGCAUUUGUCUGUCGGAGUAUGAAGAGGGAGUAGAAGUAAGGGAACUAACUUGCGGCCAUCAUUUCCACUGCGAAUGCGUAGACAAAUGGCUCUACAUGAACUCCACUUGCCCUCUCUGUAAGUACAACAUCCUCCACCACAGUGAUGAACAACAAGUCUAGAGACUUCUUCUAGGAUUUCACCAUGUGUUAGCUCUCCAUUGGCUUGGCUGUGAAUACGUAUGCGGGUGUGUGUAUAUAUGUCUGUGUAUACAUUGGUUGGCUUGUCAAACAUGAUGUUUUUACUCGCAUAACAUCUUAUAGCCAUUUGAAGUGUUUUAUUUUCUGUACUAUCUUUUUUUCACACUCAAGAUCUUUUGAGAAAGAUGAGAAUGUAUGCAUAUA